UCUAUCAAGGGCUGCCAAACAGACCAUGCUGAACUAACAAUAAAUAUUUGUGAAGUAUCAUUAUCCCACCGCCUUCUCCAUCUCAAGACCGGGAUUGUUAGUGUGAUAAUAUGGGGGAUAAACUACGGAUAGCUGUUGGAAUAUUGGGAAAUUUGGCUUCUGCAUUACUUUACGCAUCACCCAUAUUAACAUUUUCAACAGUCAUAAAGAAGAAGAGCACUCAAGGGUUUUCAUAUGUCCCGUAUAGUGUUGCUCUACUCAACGCUCUCAUUUACACUUGGUAUGGCUUACCUAUUGUAAGCAAAGGAUGGGAAAAUUUCUCCCUCAUCAGCGUCAAUGGCCUAGGUUUCCUACUGGAAUUUUCCUAUGUCCUCGUCUAUCUUUUCUUCUCUUCACCGAAGGGAAAGGUGAAAGUUGCAGCAUUGACACUGACCUUUCUUGCACUAUUCGUAGCCACAGCAUUAAUCUCUGCCUUUCUGUUGCACGAUCAUCAUAAAAGGAAAGUAUUUGUUGGGAGUGCAGGGUUGAUAACUUCAACAGCACUGUAUGGUGCCCCUCUUAUUGCUGUGAAGCAAGUGAUAACAACUAAAAGCGUGGAAUUCAUGCCCUUUAGUCUGUCACUCUUCACUCUACUUGCGAGUUGCUUCUGGGGGACUUAUGGACUACUGAGUCAUGAUCUCUUUAUCAUGUCACCUAAUUUUGUUGGAAUUCUCUUUGGCAUCCUCCAACUGGUGGUUUAUUGGAAAUAUAAAGGAAGAGGAAUAGAGGAAGACACAAACAAAUGGGAUGCAGAGAAGAUCACAGAGAAGCCCAUCCAAGUGCAACAACUGGUAACUGAAGACGAGACAAAAAGCAAGAAUUGAGUUAUGCAUACAGAUUUCUACUUACACAUUUAAUCUAUGUAUGCCACACUGCGAAUAUAGGUCGCAAUUGCAUAAUAUGGUAACAAACAAGUUAUUGGAAGAAAUCCUUGUUCCUAGUAAGAAACUUAAAAAAAAAAAAAAAAAAAAAAAAACAAGAAUUUGAAAUUAAAUGCGUUUGUACCUGUAAUAGGUAUCAAAGUAGUCCCUUUACUGCCUUGCUAAUCUUGACAUCGCCAUAGAUGAACAGACUAACUUUUGUGUUAUGCUAAAGUAGAGUCAUUCUACAACUGUCUUCCUGUAAACAUGAAUAACAGGAAACUUAUUUA